AUGCGCUGCCUGGCUCUGCUCGCGACCCUCGGCUCCCUCACAGCCGUGCUGUGCCGGAACCAGGAGGAGAAGCUGCUCAGUGACCUGAUGACCAACUACAACCGCAACCUGCGCCCGGCCCAGGGGGAGGGCGACAUCAUUAACGUCACGCUGAAGCUGACCCUCACCAAUCUCAUCUCCCUGAACGAGCGGGAAGAGACCCUCACCACCAACAUCUGGAUUGAGAUGAAAUGGUGCGAUUAUCGGCUGCAGUGGGAUCCUGACGAAUACGACAACAUCCAGAUACUGAGGGUGCCCUCCACCGAGGUGUGGCUGCCGGACAUCGUCCUGGAGAACAACAUCGACGGGGUGUUUGAAAUCACCCUGUACUGCAACACGCUGCUGGAAUCCAAUGGCUGCCUCCUGUGGAUGCCGCCCGCCAUCUACCGCACCUCCUGCGCCAUCUUUGUCACCUACUUCCCCUUCGACUGGCAGAACUGCUCCAUGGUGUUCCAGUCCCAGACCUACAGCGCCAAUGAAAUUAACCUGCUGCUGACGGAGGAAGAUGGGCAGACCAUUGAGUGGAUCGUCAUUGACCCCGAAGCUUUCACAGAGAACGGGGAGUGGGCGAUCAAGCACCGGCCGGCCAAGAAGAUCGUGAACGCCGAGCGCUUCACCCCGGACGACUUGGGUUACCAGCAGGUCGUCUUCUACCUAAUCAUCCAGAGGAAACCGCUCUUCUACGUCAUCAACAUCAUAGUGCCCUGCGUGCUCAUCUCCUCCGUGGCCGUGGUGGUGUAUUUCCUGCCGGCCAAAGCGGGCGGCCAGAAGUGCACAGUCUCCAUAAACGUCCUCCUGGCCCAGACAGUCUUCCUCUUUCUGAUUGCACAGAAGGUGCCAGAGACCUCCGACGCCAUGCCGCUCAUUGGCAAGUACCUGACCUUUCUCCUGGUGGUGACGGUGGUGAUCGUGGCGAACGCCGUCAUCGUGCUGAACGUCUCGCUGAGGACACCCAACACGCACGCCAUGUCGCAGAAAGUGCGGCAGAUCUGCCUGCGGCGGCUGCCCCACUUCCUGGGGAUGCACAUGCGCCGCAGCGACAUGGCCCCCCGCCCGCUGCUGGCACGGCGCCGCAGCUCCCUGGGGCUGAUGGUGAAGGCUGACGAGUACAUGCUGUGGAAGGCCCGGACCGAGCUGAUCUUUGAGAAGCAGAAGGAGAGGGCCGGGCUGAUGAAGGCUGUCCUGGAAAAGAUCGGGAGAGGCCUGGAAAACGGGUGCACCCAGGAUCUCUGUCACAGCUUGGUGCAGGCUGGUCCCGAGAUCCGGGCCUGCGUUGACGCCUGCAACCACAUUGCCAAGACGCUGCGGGAGCAGAACGACUUCGACAAUGAGAACGAGGAGUGGAUCCUGGUGGGGAGAGUCAUCGACCGCGUCUGCUUCUUGGUCAUGGCCUCGCUCUUCAUCCUGGGGACGGUCAGCAUCUUCCUGAUGGCCCAUUUCAACCAGGCGCCAGCAGCGCCCUUUCCCGGGGACCCCAAGCGCUACCUGCCAUAG